AUGAAAUACAUGUUCACCACUCAUCCAGUUUCCAAAGGUCCAAGGACUUCAACUUCGAUUUCUCCCCUUCCAAAUCCCACCUCCACUGGUUUCAACAACAUGUCCUCCCCACCAUCCUCACCUUCAUCAUUUCGUUCCACAACAUCCUCCAUCCAGGUCAACCCACCUUCGCCAAAACACUCACCGGUAUCGAAAUUCAAGAAUUUUACAAGACCACAAACCGCGACGCCUGUCACGAAACCAAACCCACCAUCACCACUGGCCAAAACAACCUCACCACCUCGGACUAAACAAGCACCACCAUCGCUUCUGGAACCAAUCUCCCCACAAUCACCGAUAUCCAAAUCCAAAAGACCUCUACCGCCGCCACCGAGUGCGAAACCGAACUCACUAUCUCCAACCAAACCAAAAUGGAUAUACACAGGCAGAUUCGUAGAUCGAUACGUCCCACCCCCAUCCUUCCCACCACCGGUCCUUCCACCCGAAAUAGCUCGAUAUCGCGCGACACAACAACACAAACCCUCUCCUCCCCGUCAACCGUCAUUUGGGAGGCGGAAUCAGAUAUUACCACCGCAGCCGGUGUUGUUGAGACGUAGACCGUCUUCUCGGGCUCAAGUUGCUCCACCGAAGUUUCCGCCUGCGGUAGUUCAAAAAAUAGAGGCAGGGGAGAAGGUGAAACGAAACACGGGAUUGAGGCCUUCGGGUCCGUCGUUGGGUACGGAGGGAUUGGUGGUUGGGUUGAGAAGAUCGGCGCCGGGGCCGCCGCAGCCGAAUUUUGGGUUUUUGCCGUUGGGUGGGGAUGAAAAGGAGAAUAAAGGGGAUGAAGAUGGCGAGAAGGGGGAUGAUUAG